GACCUGGAGGAUGCCAGAUGUUGCAGCAGCAACCUACAGUUGCAUCGACCUGCCGAUAGCAGCGCGAUAAGGCAGCAAAGUUGAUCCAGUCCAACCAGAUUGUGCGCCCUGACGCACCGCUGGAACAGCAGCAGCAGCAGCAGCAGCAGCAGCGAUGGGAGCUUCGCAGACGCGCUCCGAGCACAGGCACAAGGACCAGGACCUGGUGGAUAAAACUGGAUUUUCACUGGAGCAGAUUAAAAACCUUCACAAAAGAUUCCUGCAGCUGAGUGGAAAUGAAGAGACCAUAAGUAGAGAAAACUUGGACAGCAUACCUGCUCUCGCCAACAAUCCAAUCAGAAAUCAAAUUGUUGAAGCAUUCUUCGAUAAAAGGAACCAGCAUCAGGAUGAGGUGGGCCCCUGUGAGGAGAUUGGCUUUGAGCAGUUCCUCAUGGUCAUGUCCCACUUCCGCCCUCCAACCUUGAAGAUGACGGUGGAGGAGAAGGAAGCUAUGAGAAAAGAGAAGCUUCGCUUCUUGUUCAACAUGCAUGACACAGACAAUGAUGGCACCAUCACUCUGGUGGAGUACAGGAAGGUAGUAGAGGAGCUUCUGUCAAAAAGCGGAGCCAUUGGGCAAGAAGCUGCCAAGGCGAUAGCAGAUGCUGCCAUGUUGGAAGUGGCGAGCACAAAUGUGCCUCACAUGGCCCCAGAGGAUUUCUAUGAAGGAAUUACGUUUGAGCAUUUUGAACAGAUUUUAAAAGGGCUUGAAAUGGAGACCAGGAUGCACGUUCGCUUUUUGGAUGUAGGCACCACAACAAUGCGUUGUGGGAAAUCAACCUCUUGAAGUUGUUGUUUUUGUAAAGAAAUGUUUAUGUUGCUGCUGUUUUUAGCAGAGCCUCUCUAGUCCUUAAAUGGACUGAAACACUUAAUGUGCACUAAUAUAUUUUCGGAUGGAGGGAAAUUAUAGACCUGAUACCAUACUGCAAGUACAUUUUUAUACAAAUUUAAAGACUGACAAGAUGGUAGAAGUAUUUAGAGUCAAAGGACUUUUACUUUUAUAAUUCACUUUUAAGCCUAAAGAAUUCACUUUUAAAUCAUUGUGAUCCUACAAGUGUCACAUAUUUCAAAGAGUUUUGUUUCCCAUCUUUUGCCUAUUAAUUCUAUCAGGUUGCCAUCUAACACACUACCUCUCUGCAUUCUUCUGCUAUUCUACAAACCUUUAUGUAACCAGCUUGUAAUGUGAAGGAUUCUUUGUACUUUAGUCAAAAGGUUCACGUGUUAGAUGAUGUCGAUGCUCAGUGGCUGCACUGGCAUUCAUGGGUCAUCGGUUAAGGCUAACAUCCAAAGAGUGACACUGCAGGCACAUACCAUUCCUCUGCAGCUCCAGAAUAGUUACAGGUUUAAUUUAUCUAUUCCUCUGAGACGCUGUGUGACUAACCACUGCUAUUCUGCCUUGAAAAUCCAGACUUUGUACUGAAUUGUAUUAAUGAACAAAAUAAAUUUUGAUGAUAAAACAAA